GGAUAAAAUAUGCAGUGAAAGAAGUUAAAUAUAUAACAUCUAAAAUAUAAGUAAAUGUGGAAUGUACUAAUCUUAGAUUGAAAUAUUGAAAAAAGAAAAAAGCAAAACAAAUAUCCCACUUAUUUAAGCCAUUUUCUAAAUUUGAUGUCGUUCAAAACCAAUAUAUAUGUGAUAUUUCAAUAUCCGCAUUAAACAUAAAAAAGAAAAGUCAUGGGAUUCUCCAAUAUUAAUACUUGGUUAAUUUGCUUUGCUCUAAUCAGCAUGGUAGUGGUGAACCAUGUGGAUGCAGCUGGGACACCGCCCAUCAAUGAAGGGGUCCUCGACCCUUGCAAAAGGCCUGGAGGUCCACACCCCGGAUGCCAUCCUGACAAAAACAGCCCUCCCCAGCCAGUUAACCGCUACCAGCGUGGUUGCUCAAAAUACUUCAGAUGCCGUGGCAGUCACGGAUAAACUGAUAAAUGUGGUGAGAUCUGCCUCGGAUUAAAAGUCUAUAACUCUUUGUAAGAUAAGGGCCUCUGAAUAUUAAUGCAGCAGCUCUAUAAUGUAUGUGUUUGAUAAAACGACGCCGGUGUGAUUACGUAAUUUUAAAAUAAUAAAGGUUUCUUUUUA